AUGUCGAGUAGGCUUCUUCAUGCCCCGCGUGCAAGAAGUCACACGGGUGCUUGGCCCGCUGCAUUUCCCAACGUGUUUUCAAAGCGAGAGGAUCUCCUUCCCAAGUCUAUCAUCGAACCGCCGAAUCCUUGCAGUGCUCCUAGCCCUCCCACCUCUGGACUGUCUGAUCUUGUUGACGACGCCGAUGUCAUGUUUUCUCGUGUCUCGCAGUCAUGUACCCGGAAGGGGCCACUGGACCCGGAAGAGGUUACUGUGAACGAUUUUGGUCGUUAUUUCCCUCACAAGCAACAAGAGGCAGAGAUAUCAGACUCCGACUUCGAGCUCAAAGAGGAUGACGACGACGAUGAUGAGACUGUACAGGAACGACCUUCCAAAUAUAACGUGAAACCACCUGCGAGACCAUCCACUCAAUUUGACGCCAUUGCAACCCCUACACUUUCCGCUCCUCAAUCUCCCCGCAAGACACCUAGAACUCCCAGCACGCCGCAAGCGACACCUAUGAAAACAAGAUCUUCAACAUCUACAGCUCACAGCUUGAGCAAGUCCCCGUUCCGAGGGUGGAGGGGAAGUCGGCGGACACCCCCGGCAGCAGCACCAGAGCUCUCUCCUUCUGAACGAGCCGCUACCACCAUUGCGUAUGACCUUUUGGACAAGGACAGUGUAGAGGAUGCCGAACUGCCAGGCGUUCCUGAACGAAAUCUUCGCAAGAGGACUCUGCAACAAACAAAUCCUUACAAGUUCGAUAAGCACCGGCAUCAGUUGUCACGAAAGACUGGCCGCGCAGCCAACUCCAAAAAGGUGGAAAAGGCAGUCAAAGAAGAGAUUGACGUGACCGGAAAGCAACUGACAACGAAGAAACUUCGAGUAUCUAGCGGUGAUUCCGCCAAAGCCUUGACCCUCAUGAAGCAGGCUCCGGAUAAUCGCAAUCGAUCCAAAUCUGUCUGCUCGGUAACACCCUCGCCAGAAAUUUAUCCUGGGAAUGUAUUUGACCUGGCGAGGACUACACUGCGGGUGCGGUUGGACGGCUUUCCUGGUGGCGCAGCGACACUGAUCACACUCGGCGAAUGCGAGGACAAUGACAAAUUGAUCGAUUUCAUUCUCAAGAGCUGGGAAUGGAAAUUCAAGGGCGCUGGCUUCUCCCACGCAGUCGUGUCGUUUCCGUGGUUGAGCAAACAAUCAAACAUCCUUCUUCGCCCAGGGUUGACGGAGAGUUUCCAGGGCAUGGUGACUGAGAUUGAAAAUGCACCCGUCUGGACAGAAGGGGGUCAUGCAAGAUGCGAUAUUGAAGUGACGGUGUACCUGCAGUAG